UGUGUUGCAAGAAAAUCGUGUGUCGCUCAGUCAGUGCACUGACGUUCAGUAUUGUUUACAUGAAUAUUGCAUGAACUAUUUCAUGAAUAAAUAAAUUAAUCAUUAGAAAAUCGAUCCCUCAUAAUUUCCAAUAGUCAACAAUCAAUAUUAUCAGAAUAGCGCAGACUGACAGAAAAUGUUGAGCAGAACAUUGAGAUAUCAUCGUACUUUAGUAAAUAGUUGCCAAAUUCAUACCAAAUCAAGCCUAUUUGCUGAAAGUAAUGAAAAGUCAAAAGAAAGCACUAGAUUAAAAGAAUUUAGGAAAAAGUUGCAAGAAAAACCUCCUAUAGGUGGUUUUGCUAUAGAUAAUGAUAAAAAAGAAAAUCUGGUGGAUUCAAACAAACUACGGGCCAGAGCUCCAUUAAAGGGGAUAGAGGAACUCGAAGAGGGCCAACAUCCCUAUCAAGAGAAAGAGCCGCUGGAACCUUUUCCCAACAGUGUAAACCCAGCAACAGGAGAACUCGGUGGUCCAAGGGGCCCAGAACCAACCAGAUAUGGAGAUUGGGAAAGAAAGGGUCGAGUCUCUGAUUUUUAACAAAACGAUUUGUUACUAUUAAAUUGUAAAUACACAACACCAGUGAGAGAUAAAUUUAUUUGUACAUACUAGAAGCUUUAUUAGUUAUUAAAACAUUUUUUCUG